AUGAGACGGGGCAGCUGCGAGCGGGAGCUGGCGGCGCGGUGGGAGGCGGAGGCCGUGGCCGCGGCCCGGCGGGAGACGGAGGCCAGGGCGCUGGCGGCGCUGGGGCAGGUCAGCGUGGACGCGGGAGCGGCCGGGGAGCCCGAGCGCAAGGAGGGGGAGGAGGAGGCCAAGGCCCGGGCCCCGGCGCGGCCCCGCGCGGCCGAGGAGGGCGACGCCCGCGUGUCCCCGUCCAAGCCGAAGCCGGCCCCGGCGCUGACGCCGACGCCGACGCGAGGCCUCUGCCAGCAGGGGAAGCCCAGGGGCAAAGGCCGCGGCUGGAAGCGGAGCUCGGGCCGCAGGGCCGACGACGGCGGCUGGCAGCGGGUGGUCACCGUGGACAGCUCCAAGGCCAAGACCUCCCUGGAAGCCCUGAAGAUCAGCAUCCGCCAGCUCAGGUGGAAGGAGUUUCCAUUUGGCCGACGCUUGCCUUGUGACAUCUACUGGCAUGGAGUUUCAUUUCAUGACAAUGACAUAUUCUCUGGUCAAGUGAACAAGUUUCCAGGUAUGACAGAGAUGGUGCGUAAAAUCACCCUGAGCAGAGCUGUGAGAAUUAUGCAGACCCUCUUCCCCGAAGAGUACAACUUCUACCCUCGCUCGUGGAUUCUACCUGAGGAGUUGCAGCUCUUCACAGCUCAGGUUCAAGUGGUGAAAGAAGGUGACCCCUCCUGGAAGCCCACUUUUAUUGUGAAGCCUGAUGGUGGUUGUCAGGGUGAUGGAAUCUACCUCAUUAAAGACCCCAGCGACAUCCGCCUGACUGGGACCCUGCAGAGCAGGCCAGCAGUGGUCCAGGAAUACAUCUGCAAACCUCUCCUUAUCGACAAGCUCAAGUUUGAUAUUCGUCUGUAUGUUUUACUAAAGUCCUUAGAUCCCUUAGAGAUUUAUAUAGCCAAAGAUGGACUCUCUAGAUUUUGUACAGAGCCAUACCAGGAGCCCAACUCCCAAAACAUGCACCAUGUCUUUAUGCACUUAACCAACUACUCGCUGAACAUCCACAGCAACAACUUCAUCCACUCGGACAGUGCCAACACGGGCAGCAAGAGGACUUUCUCUAGCAUUCUUUAUAGACUGUCUUCCAAGGGUGUGGACAUCAAGAAGGUGUGGUCUGACAUCAUCUCCUUGGUGAUCAAGACUGUCAUUGCCCUGACUCCAGAGCUCAAAGUUUUCUACCACUUGGACAUCCCCACGGGGCGGCCGGGGCCCACCUGCUUCCAGAUUCUAGGCUUUGACAUUCUUCUGAUGAAAAACCUGAAGCCUAUGCUACUUGAAGUAAACGCAAAUCCCAGCAUGAGAAUUGAACAUGAGCACGAACUUUCUCCAGGGGUGUUUGAAAAUGUCCCCAGCCUGGUGGAUGAAGAGGUGAAAGUGGCUGUCAUCAGAGACACUCUGCGCCUCAUGGACCCACUGAAGAAGAAAAGAGAGACCCACUUUUCCGAUGCCUUUAUGGACAGAAAAUACAGAAUCCUUCCUGUUUCUGACAGAAUUUCUGCAGUGAAGCUUAAGUUUUUGAAGCUUUCCGUAGUCAGGUCUCAGCAGCUUGGAAAAACAGUAGCCAGAAAGGAAGAUGUGGACAGCAAGAACGCUGCGGGAGCCAACAGCAGCCCUGAGGCCCACCUGCCCUCCAUUUGCCUCAAACAGGUGUUCCCCAAGUACGCAAAGCAGUUCAACUACCUGCGCUUGGUGGACAGGAUGGCCAAUCUGUUUAUCCGAUUCCUGGGAAUCAAGGGGACUAUGAAGCUGGGACCCACCGGCUUUCGUACCUUCAUAAGGAACUGCAAGCUGAGUAGCAGCAGCCUGUCCAUGGCCGCCGUGGACAUUCUCUACAUCGACAUCACCAGGAGGUGGAACUCUGUGACCCUGGACCAGCGAGAGUCAGGGAUGUGUCUGCAGGCAUUUGUAGAAGCUUUCUUCUUCCUGGCCCAGAGGAAGUUCAAGAUGAUGCCGCUCCACGAGCAAGUGGCCUCGCUGAUCGACCUGUGCGAGUACCACCUGUCCCUGCUGGACGAGAAGCGCCUGCUGUGCAGCGGGGUGGGACGGCGGGGGACAGCGCCUGACCACAGCCUUCCGCAGGAGACAGUCCCCACUGCCCAGUCCACGGGCACCAUCGUGGGGGCCAGUAAGCUCUCCUACUCCAAGCCUGCUCUGUCCUGA